AUGGACAUAUCUUCAAAGGGCUUAACAAUGCCAUCAUUCAAGUGCAAAGAUAGCAACAUCCUGAUUCGCCGCGCACGAUACUCAGAUAUCCCCUUCAUGGCAAACAUAGCCGCAAACGAAUAUCGGGAUUCUGAUCUCAACAAAUUCCUCUGCCCAUAUCGCCAUCAAUAUCCCGAUCACUUCACCAGGCGCUUCCUACAGAUGUUUCAACCCCGCCAUUUUGACCCUCGAUCGAUUGGCUUUGUAGCCGUGGAGUCUUCCAGUCCGAACAAGCCUGUAGCCUACAUUCAAAUGACCCGCUUUGGAAACGACGAGCCCGCCAGACGUUUGAUUGCGGCACAGGACUCCUUCUGGUGUAGACUAUGUCUCUGGGGCCUUCAGAUUCGAACCUCAAUAGUAAACUAUCUUUGGCCUGAUCGGUCUACUGAUCACGAUGCGGCACGUCAAUUCGGCGAAUCUAUUGAGCGCGACAGUGAGAAGUAUUGGGAUUCUGGUGAGAUGAGGGCCAAGUAUGGGAAUCGCUGGCAUGUAAGAGGUCUCGUGGUCUCCUCAUCGCAUCAGCGUCGAGGAAUCGGACAGGCGCUCAUGGAAGAAGUUCUACAACGAGCUCAGCGAGAAAAUGUUGUAGUUGGGUUGGAGGCCAGUGGGGACGGAGAGAAGCUCUACCGAUCGCUAGGAUUCGAGAUGCGAGGCCCACUCUCUAUGGUUAUCGGAUCACCAGUGGGUGGAUGCAUGAUGUGGAGUCCUAAAAAGACACAUUAG